GGGGGGAUCCCCACCCCCCAACUUCUGCUGUUAAAUGGUCAAGUGGAGAAGCAGCAACCAGGACCCAAAGAAUGGUAACUAGCGCCGAAGACCUCCAAGAGGCUUUCUGAUUUCCUCUCCCCAUGUAAAGUAUGCUGAGAACCUUUCCAGUGGUCCUGCUGGAAACCAUGUUUCACUACACAGAUGAACCCAGAUUCACCAUAGAGCAGAUAGACCUGCUUCAGCGCCUGAGGCGUACGGGGAUGACGCGGCACGAAAUCCUCCAUGCCCUGGAAACGUUCGACCGCCUCGACCAGGAGCACAGCGACAAGUUCGGGAGGCGGUCCACUUACGGGGCCAGUGGAGGGUCAUGUAGCAACAGCACCAACAACGUCCCAGCGUCUUCCUCCACAGCCACAGCUUCCACACAGACCCAGCACUCUGGGAUGUCCCCCUCACCUAGCAACAGUUACGAUACCUCCCCACAGCCUUGCACUACCAAUCAGAAUGGGAGGGAGAGUAAUGAGAGGUUGUCCGCCUUCAACGGAAAGAUGUCGCCCACCCGCUACCCGCUGGCCAACAGCAUGGCUCAGAGAUCAUACAGCUUUGAAGCCUCUGAGGAGGACUUGGAUGUCGAUGACAAAGUGGAGGAGCUGAUGAGGAGGGACAGCAGCGUGAUAAAAGAGGAAAUCAAAGCCUUCCUGGCCAACCGAAGGAUCUCUCAAGCAGUCGUUGCACAGGUAACAGGUAUCAGUCAGAGCCGGAUCUCCCACUGGCUGUUGCAGCAGGGAUCAGACCUGAGCGAGCAAAAGAAGAGGGCCUUUUACCGAUGGUACCAGCUUGAGAAGACAAACCCCGGGGCCACGUUAAGCAUGAGACCUGCCCCCGUUCCAGUAGAAGAACCAGAAUGGAGGCAGACCCCUCCUCCGGUCACGGCUACCUCUGGGACCUUCCGGCUACGGCGGGGCAGUCGGUUUACCUGGCGGAAAGAGUGCUUGGCUGUCAUGGAAAGCUACUUCAACGAGAAUCAAUAUCCUGAUGAAGCCAAGAGGGAAGAAAUUGCAAAUGCCUGUAAUGCAGUGAUUCAAAAGCCAGGGAAGAAGCUGUCCGAUUUGGAACGGGUGACCUCCCUCAAAGUGUACAACUGGUUUGCUAACAGAAGGAAGGAAAUCAAGAGGCGAGCCAAUAUUGAAGCAGCAAUCCUGGAGAGUCAUGGGAUAGAUGUACAAAGUCCUGGAGGCCACUCCAACAGUGACGACGUAGACGGGAAUGACUAUUCAGAGCAGGACACUUGGCAAGUACGCAAUGGGGAGGAGGAGGGACGAUGUACAGAGGGAGGCAGAGAAGCAGAGAAGUUAGAAGAAGACAGGAGGAUCUGCUCAAAACAAGAUGACAGCACUAGCCAUAGUGACCACCAAGACCCUAUCUCACUAGCCGUGGAGAUGGCAGCAGUAAACCACACCAUCCUGGCACUGGCCCGGCAAGGAACCAACGAGAUCAAAACAGAGGCCCUAGACGACGACUGAUGAAGCGGCGGAGGGGGAGGGCUGAGACCGAGAAAGUAACUUAGUUUUAGACGUAGCACCUUAGCAGCCUUUCCUGGUCCUUACUAUGUGUUUUUCUUGCAGUAUAACUUUGCAGUCUCUUGUACGUCAAGUUAGCCGUUUAGGGUCUUGUCCUGUGAAGAUGGCAUGGUGCCCUCUGACUCCGCAUAUAAACUCUCAGUAUUAACUCCCAGUCAAAUAAUUAACCAAGCCGACUGACCUCCCUAUUCCAGCUCACCCCCCCACCCCCCGUUUCCCCCAUGGCUAGACAAAAACCUUUGCUGCUCUGUCUUAGCAUUCCAUGAACGUGCUUCCAGGUGUCGUAGGCAGCCCUCAAUUCCAAGCCUUAGGCUAA